UUGAAAGAGGAAGAAAGAAAUGGCAGAUGAUAAAGGUACAGUUUGUGUGACAGGAGCAACAGGGUAUGUAGCAUCAUGGCUGAUUAUGAGGCUUCUUCAACAUGGUUAUUCAGUUCAUGCCACCAUUAGAUCACACCAUGAUAAAGAAAAGAAAGACUUGAGCUAUCUCACAAACUUACAAGAAGCAACAAAGAAGCUAAAAAUCUUCCAUGCUGACCUUGAUGAUUCAACUAGUUUUGAAAAAGCAAUACAAGGAUGUAUUGGAGUUUUCCAUCUAGCACAUCCUAUGGAUGUACAAAACCAAGAGCCAGAAGAAAAAGUGACAAAAAGAGCAAUGGAAGGAACACUAGGAAUUUUAAAAGCAUGUUCAGAAUCAAGGACAGUGAAAAAAUUGGUUUAUACUUCUAGUUUGACCACAAUUAUGUUCAAUGAUAAGAAUCUUGAUGUGGUGGAUGAAGAUAAUUGGAGUGAUAUUGAGGUAUGUAAAAGUAGUAACCUUGUUGGAUCAUCUUAUAUGGUGUCUAAAAUUUUGACUGAAAAAAGUGUUUUAGAGUUUGGAAAAGUGAAUGGAUUGGAAGUUGUUAGUUUGGUUCUUCCUUUGGUUGUUGGACCAUUUAUUUGUCCUAUGAUACCUUCAUCUGUUUAUUUAGCUCUAGCCAUGAUCUUUGGAGACGAGAAACGAUACGAGUAUCUCACCAACUCAUACAUGGUGCAUACAGAUGAUGCCACAAGUGCCCUUAUAUUUCUUUUUGAAUGUGACAAUGCUAAUGAAAGGUUUAUUUGUUCCUCUGACCAAAUAUCAUUCUAUCAAUUGUAUGAAUUGCUUCAUCAAAGAUAUCCACAGUUUCACAUUACAAUACCAAAUUCAAUGGAGACAAAAAAUGAUGAUGCAAAGUUCACUGAGUUAUCAUCAAGAAAGCUUUUGGAUAGUGGGUUCAAGUUUAAGUAUGGUGUCAAUGAUAUGUAUGAUGCAGCUAUUCAGUGCUGCAAAGAGAAGGGCAUUCUUUAGUAAGGAUCAUGAAAUUUAUCAUGAACUAAUUAAAGAAUGAGAUAUACAACGUGUGAGUUUAGUCAAUAAA